AUGCAGUACUGUUGGAAACCUACUACAGAUUUCAGUGUAAAGGUGAAAAGAAUGAGAACGGUUGCAGACUCUGAUAGUGCUACAUCAGAGAGUGAUGUUGAGAAUUCGUAUAACACUGACAACGAAGUGGAAACUGAUUCUGUGUCAGAGAGUGAUUCUGAUAAUGUAGAUGAUACUAGUAGUGAAGUAGGUGAUGAAUACGAAAGCGAUCCAUGGGCUCCUUUAAAAGCUGAAGCAACCCAACAAAGUUUAUCGGAAUUCUAA